AUGGAGUGGAAAGUGAAGGCUGUGGUCUUCUUCGUGGCCGCUGCUUGCGUGGCGGUGGCCGUGGCCGGAGGUGCCAAGGAGCCGACCAUCACCGGCCCGGUGAUCGGCGUGGAUCUCGGGACCACCUACUCAUGCGUGGGCAUCUACAAGCAGGGCCGAGUGGAGAUACUCCCGAACGACCAGGGGAACCGCAUCACGCCCUCGUACGUGGCCUUCACGGACGACGAGCGGCUGAUAGGCGAGGCCGGAAAGAACCAGGCCGCCGUGAAUCCCACGCAGACCUUGUUUGAUGUGAAGCGCUUGAUGGGAAGGCGCUUCAAGGACUCUACCGUGCAGGAGGACAUGAAGCUGCUGCCAUUCAAGAUUGUGGAUCAGGGCGGCAAGCCGAUGAUCAGCGUGAAGGUGAAGGGUGCGGAGAAGAUCAUGACUCCGGAGGAGGUGUCCUCCAUGGUCCUGACGAAGAUGAAGGAGACGGCGGAGAACUAUUUGGGCCAGGAGGUGGCGCACGCUGUCGUGACGGUGCCCGCGUACUUCAACAACGCGCAGCGCCAGGCCACCAAAGAUGCAGGUGCCAUCGCCGGACUUCAGGUGCUGCGGAUCGUAAACGAGCCCACGGCCGCUGCGAUCGCUUAUGGCCUGGACAAGAAGGGCGAGAAGAAUGAGAAGAACAUCCUGGUCUACGACCUCGGGGGAGGCACCUUUGAUGUGUCCCUCCUGAACGUUGCGCAGGGUGUCUUCGAGGUGGUAGCAACCAGUGGCGACACCCACCUGGGUGGAGAGGACUUCGACCAGCGGGUCAUGCAGCACUUCAUGAAGGUCUUCCAGCAGAAGCAUGGCAAGGACAUGUCUCAGGACAAGCGCGCCAUUCAGAAGCUCCGCCGGGAGGUGGAGAAGAGCAAGCGCCAGUUGAGUUCCACGCACCAGUCGCAGCUGGAGAUCGAAGCUCUCUUCGAGGGCGUGGACUUCUCUGAGACCCUGACCCGCGCGAAGUUCGAGGGGCUGAACCAGGACCUCUUCAAGAAGACCCUGGGGCCCGUGAAGAAGGUGCUGGAGGACGCAGGGCUCAAGAAGGGUCAGGUGGACGAGAUUGUCCUGGUGGGAGGCUCCACGCGCAUCCCCAAGGUGCAGGAACUCAUCAGGGACUUCUUUGGCAAGGAGCCGAACCGCGGCAUCAACCCGGAUGAGGCGGUGGCUUACGGCGCGGCGGUGCAGGCGGGUAUCUUGAGUGGAGAAAGCCUGGAUGACGUGGUCUUGCUGGAUGUGGCCCCUCUCACAUUGGGCAUCGAGACCAUGGGCGGCGUCAUGACGAAGCUGAUCCCUCGCAACACCUUAAUCCCAACGCGCAAGAGCCAAGUCUUCUCAACCUCUCGGGACAACCAGCCGGCAGUGGAGAUCCAGGUCUUCGAAGGCGAGCGCGCCAUGACCAAGGACAACCGCGCCCUCGGCAAGUUCGAGCUCCGCGUCCCCCCGGCGCCGCGCGGGCAGCCUCAGAUCGAGGUGACCUUCGAGAUCGACAGCGACGGCAUCCUGAAUGUUGCCGCCGAGGACAAGGGCACGGGCCGAAAAGAGCAGAUCACGAUCCAGAACCAGAACCGGCUCACGGAGGAAGAGGUCCUGAAGAUGGUCAAGGAGGCCGAGGCCUUCGAGGACGAGGACCGGCAGGCGAGGGAGCGGGCGGACGCGCGGAUCGCCUUCGAGGGCUACCUCCACUCCAUGGGCUCGGCCCUGAGCUCCGGCAGCGACCGCCAGGGCUUGGGCGAGCGGAUGAGCCCCGAGGAGAAGCAGCGGAUCUCGGAUGCCUUGAGGGACGGCCGAGAUUGGCUGGAUGCCAACCCCGCCGCCGAAACGGAGGAGAUACAGAUGAAGCAGAAGGAGAUCGAGGAGCUCUGCGCCCCCAUCGUCUCCAAGUUCUAUGGCGCGGGCGCUUCAGGUGGUGGCCCAGAUGAGGAGGACGAAGCCCAUGACGAGCUGUAA